AGGAUCCGCGUUCAGCUUUCUGGCUGUAAAGCCUCAAUUUAUCUUCUUACUCUUUCGUGGAAACUACCGCGUGCUGCUCCCACGAUAACGUCAUCGUAAAUUUCAUUUCUACCGCUUUCCAUUUUUCAGGUGGUUAUAUAUUUGAUUCAAUUUUUCUUUGUCAUUAUCUUUUGUUCCGCAUUACAAGAACUACUGACAUACAGUUUGUUCUAGUAGUAGAUUGGUUCUUUUCAACAAAAGACGGUCUUUCUUUCAUCCUAAUAAUAACAGUCGAUAAUACAGUCUUUCUUUCCACUUUCAUCCGAUUAAUAUUAACAUCAGUCGAUAACUACAAGAAGAAGAAUAUCACAAAAAUGACGCGUGAAAAAGCGCUGGAGCAUAAGGCCUUGGGGAACAAGGAUUUCCAGGCUCAAAAUUUUGCUGAAGCCAUCAAGCACUUCACGAACGCAAUCGCAGAGGAUGAUACAGAUCACGUCUUUUUUUCGAACCGAAGUGCCUGCUACAGUUCCCUUCACGAAUACGACAAGGCACUAGCGGAUGGGAAGAAAUGCGUUCAGUUGAAACCAGAUUGGGCGAAAGGGUAUUAAUAUGAAUUUACAUACUUACUAGGGAGUUCAAGUUGUAAGAGUCUGUGGAGAGAUGUCAAGUUCAAGUUCACAGAAUCUAGGGAGUAUCUCCACUUACUAGUCGUAUGACGAUGAAAGACCCCCUGCCCCCGUAAUGAUUCAUAAUUAAGCAUACUUACUAGGGAGUUCUAGUAUUAAAGAUUAAUCCUAUUAAUUAUUUACUAGGGAGUUCUAGGGAAUUCAAUUUCUACGGACAACUUUCUAAACACAUAUACAACUAGGGAGAAAUUUCUUGGUGGAUUUAUCUUGAGGGCAUGAGAAACUUGAUAUAAAUUUACUUAUGUGUAUCAUGGAUGUGCUCCUACUAUGUGCUCAUUUAGAUUGUUUAUGUUUUAGUGCAGGUGGGUUCUUAGUCUUUGAUUAAUCACCGUCUAGUCCUUUCGCAUAUUUAUGAAUGUGUAUCGACCGUUGUGACGGGUCGCAUAUACCCAUUCGGGUUCCGCAUUGAUCCCCUCGUCUUCUCAGGUCUACCAACAUCUGCUGAUCACCAUGGAGCUUUUUUUAAAUAGUAAUACCUGCUCUACUUGUUCCACGUCCCCAUAUUACAGUUACACCCGAAAAGGGCUUGCGGAGUAUUUCUUGGGCAAAUAUGACGAAGCCGAAGCGACCUACGCAGCUGGUCUCAAGCUAGCACCAGAAGACAAGUCGUUGCAAGAGGGGCUUGAAAAAGUAAAGAAUGCCAAAGCCAGCGGAGCGGGUGGUAGUACUGAAUAUUUCUGUACCAGCAUGUAAAAAACUUACUGUAUAUUAUUGAGGUAUUUAAUGAAAGUGGACAAGCACGACUAGAAGUAGCACGUUUUUUUUUUUGGAAUCGAUCAUGGUACACGGACUCGCAUAAUUGCUUUCCGAAAAUCGUAAUCAAUUUCAGAAAUUUCACCUAUACCUCCAUCACUCAUCUUCCCCAAGCUAAAAUCCCCACUCUCAUCAACGUAAACAAAUCAAAAGGUGGCGCCGGAGCCGAUCCCCUAGGCGGCUUGGAUAUGUCAAGGCUCAUGACAGCCAUGCAAAAGAACCCGAAGAUCGCGACGUAUUUGCAGGACAAAGAAUUGAUGCAGAAAUUCCAGAUGCUGAUGCAAGCACAGAAGAUUAUGAAAAAUUAGUGUUUGAUGGUGCAAAGAGUAGCACUUUUAAUUAUAGUACAAGAUUCUUAUAAUUCCUAUAGUCAAUGAUCACGUUGGAGGCAAAAGAAAUCAAAACCCUCAUAGCUAUAAAUGCUGAUUAUCAUUACGAUUAGUGUCCCUUUGAUACAUCAUCUUCGAAAUUAGUAUGUCACUCAUUCAUUCUUUAAUACAUCAUCUUCAAAGAAGUACUCAUAUUUGUAGAUAUAUUUCUUUUCUAAGUUGGACCCGCAGAUGAUGCAGGCGAUGAGUGGCACCUUGAUGCAGGAUCAACGACUUCUGGAGCUCUUCAUGGCUAUGCAGGGCAUGGAGAUGCCUGCAGAGCGGGAGCCAUUUGCUCCAGAUGAGAGGCCUGCCGCUUCCGCUAGUCCCAAAAAACCUAAGGUUAAGGCUCUAGAUUGAUAUUUCAUCUUUUGCCGCAUCCUUGAUUGAGUAGAAGUAUGGCAUGCUCGAGUAAUCGGCCAGUAAGGGUCGACCUAUUAUCCACCUUAACAAUAUGCUGUCGAUGAGGCCUUACGCAGGUUCCUCUCUACAGAAUGCUUGCAUGGGUGGAAGUCCCCACGUACAAGCAAUAGCGUGAACAUUUGCGUGUUGUACUCUUCAGGGAUGCAGUUGAAAGAUGAACCGCGGAGAGCUCUAAUAAGGUGGAAGAAAAAAAGGACGAACGAACAGACGAACAAAAGGAGGCAGACGCCUUUAAGGAUGAGGGGAAUAAAUUGUAUUUAAAGAGCAAGUUUUUUUCAUUGAGCUUUUAGAUUUCGAAGUUUACUACAAGUAGCUACGCACAAACACAUACUUCACAUGAUAAAGGUACAUACUUGUAAUACAGGUGCUUCCAAUGAAGCUCGGACUUGUUCUUGUCAUGUCCACUACCCAGUACCCUUUGCCCUUCUACCCUACAAGAACCCCACCACCACAGGUACAAGGCUAGAAAAUUCGAAGAAGCCAUUGCGCAGUAUGACAAGGCCAUUGCGACUUUUGAGGAUCUCACCUACUACAACAAUAAAGCGGCUGUCCUAGUAGAGCAGAAGGAGUUUGAGAAGUGCGAAGCCCUGCUCAAAGACGUACUGGAGCGACGAUAUGAGAUCAACAGUAAGAAUCCUGGAACUGCCAGUUUCGAAAAAGUAGGAAAAGUACUGAACCGAAUGGGUGCGUGCAUGAUGAAGCAAAAGAAGUUCGAUGCAGCGAUGGAGUACUACGAGAGAUCACUGGCGGAAGACAACAACAAAAACACCAGAACAGCGAUAGCAGAUGUGAAGAAAGAGAAAGCGAAGUUCGAGAAGGAAGCAUAUAUAAAUGUCGACCUAGCGGAAGAACAUAAGGAGAAAGGUAUAGAUCAUACAGACGGACUUUGACUCAGAGACUUAGAAAGAUGUCGAAGACACUAUUUACUAGAUAAGAAAAGGUGAGUUAGAUGAAGACACUAUUUACUAGAUAAGAAAAGUUGAGUUAGAUGAUGAAGACACUAUUUACUAGAUAAGAAAAGUUGAGUUAGAAGUAGCGAGGCUCAACGUCAACAUUUAAGUACAAUGAUUUAGAUUUUCUUUGAAACCAGCAAGAACAUGAGUUACAGACAUGCACCUUUUCCGCAAUCAUGUUCGAAUUUCCAUCUAUUGAACCCUCAUGAUCUUACUUUACCAGGUAAUGCGUUCUUCAAGGAAUCGAAAUGGGCAGACGCAAAGAAGGAGUAUGAUGAAGCCUGCAAGCGAAAUCCAAGCGACGCGAAACUCUUCGGUAAUCGUGCAGCGGCUUUGACGAAAUUAAUGGCGCACCCUGAUGCCCUGAGGGACCUGGAGGAAGCAGUCAAGCUCGAUCCCAACUACGUGAAGGCAUACUCGAGAAAGGGCGCAUGCCACUUCUUCAUGAAAGAGUACUCCUGCUACUUUUUUUUGUUUGAAAAUGUUUACCCGGAGAACCCUCGUGGGGAGAUGAAGAAGGCAAGGUAGAACGCGGCGCCUGCGUGUGCUCUUGCUAUGUCCCGCACCCUGCCUGAUAUCGUUUGCCAUGCGCCUGCGCGUGGUGCGGGCACGUGACUCGUGGAAGCCGAUCGGCGGACUGGGUAGGGUGCGGGCUGCCCGUGCGUGGUGCAGCGCGGGUGGGAGGUUCUUGUUUGGCGCCCGUCUCACAGCGUGGGCCGUUGCGGUGCUUUCCAGCGAUCGCGGCCGCGCUGUGCCCGGCGGUGCGUGAGUGCUUUAAGCGAUGAGGAGCGCCCGGAAACGAGACGGCAGCGGCGGGGAACGAGAAAAGGCGCGCCACCUUCAGGCACGGGCCAAGGGCUGCGGCAGACCCUGCUUGGGCAAGCGAUGCAGGAAAGCGGCAAAGCCCCGCCUCCGCCUCCGCAGGCUUGUGGGUCUGCUAGGGCUAGGCGCCGCGGACGUCGCCGCCGGCAGACCAAGACCCCGAAGGAUUUUACGCGCCAUGCCUGGGAAAAAAAACGGAGCGCGCCCCCAUAUCUACGGCAGCCGCUCCAUCUUCAGCCAUAUGGAAAGGAGCCUGCACACCUGCGGGCACUUGCCAGGCAGUCAGCACCCAGCGGCGUCCUUGUCUGACAAUUGAGCGGAAGCCAGGCGAAGCACUGGCCUGCGCUUCAUCUGCAAGCCCAUCCCGCGCGGCACCAUAGGGCGAGGCGCUGGCGUAGUCGCGGCGAAGUCAUGGGGCCAAGCCAAGCGGGGCAGCGAGCAAGCCGGCCGGGUGGGUCGGCCGUGGGGGCCCGUCUUUGCGGGGGUCAGUCUCUUCCACCUUCGGCCUUCUUUUCGGUCGGGGCUCGCUGACUGCAUAAGAUAAGGAGCGUGCGCGCAUGUAAAUACCGCGGCAAAAAGGCGCGGGCUAGUGGCCCCUGAGGAGGCGGGAGCCGUGGCCAUGAAUGUGAUGCAGAGGCACGGACCAGAUGCGUGGCAGCUAGCUUCACCGGCGUGGCAUGUCUAUAAAAUGUCGGGGGCAAAAAGGUGAGCGCUAUGCGGGCCGUGAACGAAGCGAGGGGCUUGCUUGGGUUGGCUGUUUCAUGAAGUAGGGGCCUGCUGCGGGAUCGGUUGGGCAAGUACUCCCAAGGGCAGCAGGGUCGACCAGCGCGGGCGGCUCGCGAGAAAGUUCGCGCCAGGGUCGCGGGGUUGUUCUUUUUUGUGGGUUUGUGUUUGUGACCUUGAUGGGGGCAGCUGUAAACUUGGACGGCCAGCCGGGCCGCUGCGUUGGCUGUCCGCUCUCUCUUAGCAAGCGAGCGUGGGUCAUUGUGUUUGUUCUUUCCUUGUGCGUCUGGCCGGCGAGCCUUCGCAGCUCCAUCUCUAUCGCCAUGGACAAACGGAGAGUGCCGGCCCGUCUUGCUGCUUGUGGCUGCGGUGGGUUCUCCCAUUGCGUAGCCGUGCGGGGCCCAGCGCUGUUCUGUUUUUUCGUGUUUUACGCACCUCAAUGGUGAUCGGGUAUCAGCGUGACGACUGCGAUUGGACGGGGGCAGAAGCCUUUCUGAUAUCAGAAAUUUUCUUGCAUUCUCGAAAUCGUAUGGAUCCAAAAACAACAACAGCAAGCUCCUUGAUUACCGUGCAAUCUAUCAAGCAGUAGCGUACUUACCUAAUUUGGGCUUGUGAGCUUCAGCAACUACCCCCAACAAACCUACGUACCAUCACCAUUCAAACAACCUACCAACGAUCCAUCACUCAGCUACAACAAAGCGCUGGCCGCGUAUGAAGCUGGUUUGAAGAUCGAUCCCAAUGACGAUGGAUGUAAGCAGGGUCGACAGGAGACUCUAAUGAAGAUCCAAAUGUCCGCCAUGGGCGGCGGCUCAGCACCUGACGCCCAACAUUAAGGGUUAUCAAGUUGCAUUCUGCACUAAGAUCCCUGACUCUUCUUUCCCCACUAGGAAAGGCGUCAAGGAUGAUCUGAAGAAUGUAAUUGCGCAACCUGCUCUAACAACAGGUCCAGGAAGCCAUGAAGGAUCCUGAGAUUCAGGCCAUCCUCAAGGACCCACAGAUGAACAUCAUCCUCCAGCAAAUGCAGAACGAUCCCAAGAGUGCCCAGGAUAUGAUCAAUAAAGUUAAGGGUUACAACCAAAUUUACAUUGAAGUAGUUGCAUCCUACUGCACUACCAUUCUUGACCUUCUUCCCAGUGGGAAUCUGACCUCUAAUAAAGACCCGAAGAUCGCCAACGCAAUCCAGAAACUCAUGGGAGCAGGCAUUCUGCGCAUGGGCUAAGUGUUAGAAGGAGAAGGACUGGGACUGGGUCUUUAGCCUUCGCUACGUCUGGCCCGUUCCAUCUGGUGUCGAUCGUUCCUAUUUGGAUGAGAGGCAUCAACACUUAUUCUUAUACAUCUAUCUGGUGUCGAUCGUUCCUAUUUGGAUGAGAGGCAUCAACACUUAUAUUGAAUAGAUGGAAGUAGAAGCAGAGCAACACAUCAGACGGCGACCGUGGUCAUCGAUGACGAGACGGGUAUUACUAUUAUACUGGAGAAGCAACUGCAAAAGCGAAAGUAGAUCUUUGCGGAACAACAACAACAGCAACGUUUUUACUUUUAGUACUAGAUCGUUUCUUUGGACCAUACACGCACCAGCCAUGGUCAACACUUGAGUUUGCAUUCGACAUUUUCCCUUGAGAGGAUCAUGGAUCAUUUUAUGCAUUUCUUUUUCUUACCCAGGAGUCCUCGUUGAUGGGCCAGGGCAUGGACUUGUUCACAUGUGUCCUCUUUUCCUCGUAGACGGUUUAGAUACUCUUGUAGAUGUCGUGAUCCGUGAUUUUCAUCAUGGCUACGUGCUCCCGCUAUCCCGCUUCUUACGACGUAGAGUUUUAUUUAUGCUCUCCAGAGAAUAUAGUCCAAAUACUGCACGAAGAUUGACAAGGAUCUUUCACACGAGAGGCCAUGUUAUUCUCUUGUGCAUGGCGACAGUGCCGAAAAACUUCUUUUGAAAGACCGAAGUACAAGUACAGCGAGUUUCAUAGACGAGCUGGAACAAUAGAAUAGCUUCUUGAUUUCCCACAAAGGCGCAGGUAGUCCAACUGCAUGCAACUUACAACACGUGUUGCAUAGUUGGGUGUAGAAGGUACGCAUCAUGAACAGCAGGUAGCGGCACAACGCUACUGAUCGUGUUCGUUGUUCUGAUCAAUGACGAGCUCCUUUCGAGGACGAUCAUUGAUUUUGUACCGCUUAUGUACUACAGUCGGUUUUAUUCGAGUGAAUGAUAUUGUUCAGAGGGAUUUAGUCAGUACUAGCGAGUCCUGUAUUGCUAAGCAGUGCAGCGAGUAAUGCUAGUUCUUUUACUCUGCCUCCUUCCUCGAAGUCGAAUCCCCCAAGAAAUGAUCUAGUAAGUUUCGAAGCAGUUACCUGCUGAACGAUGCGAAAAUUUAAAAAAAAAAACAACGAUUUGGUUGGUUAUCUAUUUUUACGAACACUCACUACAACAUGAUUGAUGUAGAUUCUUAUUCUUUAUUGGACGUGAUAUCUAAUAUAUCUUCAGCAAAGUAAGCACAACAAGCACAAGCCACCAAAGGAGCCAACCAGCAAAUUUGACACCUAUAAGAGGACCAACAUUAUCUUUUAUCUACAUUCAUUUCUUUUUACUUUUUCUAGUUAGGUUGGCUCCACCCAUACUAUAAGAGGACCAGCAGUCAACUCUUCGCUUGGACCUGAACACCAUGACCGCUGUCAUCAGUACGUCUCUCUCUGCUGCAGUGAUCGCAGUGGGGCAAGUCUUGGUCUGCUGCAUGUUGGGAUAUUUUGUUCGACGUUUCGUUAAGGCUCGUAAUUGAUCUAGAUCUUCAUACUUAGAGCACAAAAAACAGAUGAUGUGGUUCAAUUCCGAUUGAUGUGAUAAGUAACGUAGUAAAGAUACUUACAUGGUCCACGUCCAGCGCAUCCUCGAAUUGGAAUAUUUUUAGCUUAUUUACAAGCAACCGCUAAGUUCGAUAUCUUGGAGCAUGGUGGUCCCACUACCGACAAGGCGAAGGCGUU